AUGCACUCCACAUCACAAGGACCCGAAGACGAAGACGACUCCGAUGCACUUUCAUACUCUCAAUUACCUCUCUUCGAUCCUGAAGAUUUGCCCAGAAUUACCACAGAGGUUGUCAAAUAUAACUCGUCAGGGUCAAAUGGUGGCCGAACUUACAACCAGUAUCUCCGGGGUGAAAAGAUAGGGAAGGGUAAACAUGGGGAUGUCUAUGUAUGUAGAGAUCAAGAGAUAGCAGGAUAUGAGUUGGCGAUGAAGGUCGUUCGAAAGAGCAAUAAUCGAGACCGAAUGAAACUUUUACGGAGAACCUACCAACAAGAAAAUCCCGAUGGCCAACCUGCCAUGAACAGUACUUUGAACAGUAUUCGAAAGGAGAUUGCUUUGAUGCAGAAGUUGCGCCAUGCUAAUGUGGUCCGGCUGGUCGAGGUGCUAGACAGUCCCAGCGAUGAAAAGAUAUAUAUAGUUAUGGAAUAUCUUUCAGGGGGUCCCGUAGAAUGGUGUAAUGAUGAACACAAAGCAAUUCUCACACUACAACAAACUCGGCGCAUAAUAAGGGAUACAAUAUUGGGUCUUGAGUAUCUUCAUUACGAAGGUAUCAUUCAUCGCGAUAUAAAACCUGCAAAUAUUUUGUAUACACCCGAUCGCCGUUCUGUCAAGAUUAUUGACUUCGGUGUUGCACACUACACUCCGCCUUCAACCCUACUUUCGAAGACUACAAAGGGAAAGCUCCCCCCUCAACACGAGACAAAUACAUACCAUAUUGACUCAUCCCUUUUUCCGGAAUCCGACAUUCGUAAGAGAGCUGGAACACCAUCCUUCCUCGCACCCGAGGUCGUAUGGUUUUCAGACGAUGAUUCUAACAUGCCGCCCUCGCCUUCUUACGACACUAUAGCUGGCAGAUCGAAUGACAGAGCGCUUGUGAACAGCGCAACCACAGACUUCCAGAAACCCAAAACGCGACCUCAAGUUACAAAAGCAAUCGACAUCUGGUCCUUAGGAGUGACGUUCUACUGCUUACUUUUUGGUCAUACACCAUUUACGGUUCCCUCGUCUUCGAACGAGAAUAUGCAACGUAGUGAAUUCGUGCUGUACAACAUCAUCUGCACAAAGGACUGGCCUGUGGACGAGACUAUGGGUUCCGAUGCAAUUACUACAGGCGGACGACGACCCUCCAGAUCAGACUCUGAAGGUUAUUGGGUGGUGAAUCUGCUAGAUCGUAUGCUACAGAAAGAUCCCCAACACCGUGCUUCCUUGCAGGAGAUCAAGGAAAAUCCCUGGAUAUUGAAGGGCAUAGAAAACCCUGGAGAAUGGGUGCGAAUCACUUCCCCUUCUCGCGAAUACGACGAGGUGAAAUCACCAUCCAGUCGAAUUGCUCGACCAUCCCCUAAGGCAUCAACAGGCUCGAGCACCGUAGCCCAAUCACGUCUAAACCGCAGAAACAACGCAAAGCAAUCUGCAGCUGCCAAACGCAAUGCUUUGGUCUCUGCAACACGUAUAUUCAACGGCGUAGAUGGAGCUCCUCGGAUCGUUGCCGUCAUUCCUCUCACUGAAGAUGUAAGCGCAAAAAGUACUGUGCAAUCUCUGGCGGAUGUACUGGAUAUGAGCGCAGACGAUUGUCCUGAUGAUGGAAUAUGGAAAAUGAAAGCUGAACGCUUUAGGACAUCACUACAAUUUCGUACAGUACCGUACCGAAACUUUUACUCAGCCCUGGAUGCUUGCAAAGUGGCCGAUUAUGUUGUUUUCGUUCUUUCCAGUAGCGUGGAAGUUGACCCCUGGGGUGAUACUCUUCUGAGAACACUCCAAGCUCAGGGUCUUCCCGAAGUUGUCAGCGUCAUCUCUCCAGACGCAUCCAUUGAUGUCAAAUCGCGUACUGGCAUCCUAAAAUCACUUCUAUCCUUCGUUCAAUAUUUCGUCCCAACCCAAACAAGAGUUUUUGAUCUUCAUGCUAGCUCUGAUAGAUUAAAUGCAUUACGGUCACUUUCUGAAGGAAAGCCUUCCGACGUGAGAUGGAAGGAGGGAAGAACCUGGAUUUUGGGCGAAACCACGGAAUGGGAGGAUGGCACACUCAAACUUACAGGCGUUGCACGUGGAUCGCCUCUGUCUGCAAAUAGACUUGUCCACAUACCCAACUUUGGUGACUUCCAGGUUUCAAAAAUUCUUUCCGCACCACUUCCUAGGACGCACAAGGGUUCCAAUGGACCUGCAAUGGAUGUUGAACCUGCACUUUUGGCUGAGGCCGACCCAACCUCCGCAGAUUCAUUGGUGUCAAGCAACGACCCUGAAGAUCUACAAAACGAGCAAACAUGGCCUACAGAAGAGGAGAUGAAAGGCGGAGUUGAUGAUGUCCAGACUGACAUCCCUGAUGCUGUGGUUGGUACCACACCAAAAGCUGUCCGACGUAUCCCUAAAGGGAUGAGCGAAUACCAAGCAGCAUGGAUUAUCGAUGAAGAUGACGACGAAGAAGGCGAUGAAACCAAUCAAAGCACGGAUGAAGUUGACAUGGAAACUCAGGGAGAGGAAGAAGAGGAGAUGCAAGAUAUGCCUAUGGACGAUGCUGCGACUGAAAAGGAUGUUCGCUUCGAGGAUCUUGACAUGGAAGAGGAGGAAGAACAAUUGAAUAAGUGGCGCAAUCGACAACGAGAAGAAGAAGACGAUCAAUCGUUCCCUGAUGAGAUUGAUACGCCAAAAGAAAUUCCUGCUAGGACGCGCUUCCAGAGAUAUCGUGGCAUGCGCUCCUUCCGAACAAGUCCUUGGGAUGCAUACGAAAAUCUACCACGUGACUACGCUCGAAUAUUCCAAUUUGAAGAUUUCAAGCGAACUGAACGAAGUGUUCGUCGCAGAGCAGAGCAAGAGUUAAAUGUCGUAGAGCCUGGUGCUCGUGUCACUCUCUAUAUCAAAGAUGUGCCCCAGGCAGCAACUAGUGUAUCGCCUAUCAUCUUGUUCUCUGUUCUACAGCACGAGCACAAGGUGACGGUGCUUAACUUUACUGUGCAGAGAAACACUGAAUAUGAUGGAUCCGUUCGUUCGAAAGACCCCCUCAUUCUCUGUGUAGGGCCCCGCCGUCUAGCAGUCAAUCCUAUAUACAGUCAACACACUCGCGGUGGUGGAAAAGGUGCCAACAACGUUCACAAAUUUGAAAGGUACCUUCGUCAUGGCGUGACUUCUGUUGCCACUACAUACGGUCCAGUUAUAUACGGGAGGCAACCAUGCGUCUUGCUCAGAGAGACACCCGAUGCAGAAGCUCCACAGCUCGUGGCUAUGGGCACCUUUAUGAACCCUGAUACGACGCGAAUAAUCGCCAAACGAAUUAUUCUCACUGGACAUCCAUUCAAAGUGCAUAAAAAGACGGCCACUAUCCGCUAUAUGUUCUUCAACCCUGAUGACGUGCACUACUUUAAACCUAUUCAACUCCACACUAAGCAUGGGCGGACCGGCCACAUACGCGAAUCACUCGGUACUCAUGGGUACUUCAAAGCCUACUUCGAUGGUCCUAUCAAUCAAAUGGACACUGUUUGCAUGUCCUUGUAUAAGCGAGUAUUCCCCAAGUGGGCCCGGUUAUGGACUCAAAGCAGGAUACACGAAGUAUCUAAUGGGGCAGAAAAGGCAACUUCGGAUGCCAUGGAGGAGUAG